AUGAAGCUGUUCCUGACCCUAGCAGGCCUCCUGGCCCUUCUGGUCAUGCCUCAGCCUUCUGACAAUGCCACUCCAGCUGUCCUGGGAGAGGUGGAGACUUCAUUGGUGCUGACCAGCAUGGAGGAGGCCAAGUGGCUAGUGGACAAGGCUUACAAGGAGCAGCGUGAGAGCAUCAAGCAGCGACUUCGAAGUGGCUCUGCCAGCCCCAUGGAACUCUUGUCCUAUUUCAAGCAGCCAGUGGCAGGCACCCGGACUGCUGUGAGGGCUGCCGACUAUCUGCACGUGGCCCUAGACCUGCUGAAGAGGAAGCUGCAGCCCCUGUGGCCAGGGCCUUUCAAUGUCACUGACGUGCUGACACCUGCUCAGCUGAAUCUGUUGUCCAAGUCAAGUGGCUGCGCCUACCAGGACGUAGGGGUGACGUGUCCCGAGAAGGACAAGUAUCGCACGAUCACUGGACACUGCAACAACAGACGCAGCCCCACGCUGGGGGCCUCUAACCGCGCCUUUAAGCGCUGGCUGCCGGCAGAGUACGAGGAUGGCUUCUCGCUGCCGUUCGGCUGGACGCCGGGGGUCAAACGCGCCGGCUUUCCGGUGCCCCUGGCCCGCGCUGUCUCCAACGCCAUCGUGCGCUUCCCUACCGAACAGCUGACCCCGGACCAGGAACGCUCGCUCAUGUUUAUGCAGUGGGGCCAGUUCCUGGACCACGAUCUGGACUUCACCCCGGAGCCAGCUGCCCGGGCCUCUUUCCUCACUGGCCUCAACUGUGAGAUCAGCUGCCUACAGCAACCACCCUGCUUCCCCCUGAAGAUCCCUCCUAAUGACCCUCGAAUCAAGAACCAACAGGACUGCAUCCCCUUCUUCCGCUCCUGCCCCGCCUGCACCGGGAGCAACAUCACCAUUCGCAACCAGAUCAAUGCACUCACUUCCUUUGUGGAUGCCAGCAUGGUGUAUGGCAGUGAGGACCCCCUGGCCAUGAAGCUCCGCAACCUGACCAACCAGUUGGGGCUGCUGGCUGUCAACACCCGCUUCCAAGACAAUGGCAGAGCCCUGAUGCCCUUUGAUACCCUACACGAUGACCCUUGUCUCCUCACCAACCGCUCUGUGCACAUCCCUUGCUUCCUGGCAGGCGACACACGCUCCAGUGAGAUGCCUGAGCUCACCUCCAUGCACACCCUCUUUGUUCGAGAGCACAACCGUCUGGCUACACAGCUCAAGCGCCUGAACCCCCGCUGGAAUGGGGAGACACUUUACCAGGAGGCCCGGAAGAUUGUGGGAGCCAUGGUCCAGAUCAUCACUUACCGGGACUACUUGCCCCUGGUGCUGGGGCCAGCGGCCAUGAGGAAGUACUUACCCAUGUACCGCAGCUACAAUGACUCAGUGGACCCACGCAUCUCCAACGUCUUCACCAAUGCCUUCCGCUACGGCCACACCCUUAUCCAACCCUUCAUGUUCCGCCUGGACAAUCAGUAUCGACCCACAGGGCCCAACCCCAGAGUCCCACUCAGCAAGGUCUUUUUUGCCAGCUGGAGGGUUGUGCUGGAAGGAGGAAUCGACCCCAUCCUCCGGGGCCUCAUGGCUACCCCUGCCAAGCUGAAUCGCCAGAACCAAAUCGUGGUGGAUGAGAUCCGAGAGCGACUGUUUGAGCAGGUCAUGAGGAUCGGGCUGGAUCUGCCUGCUCUGAACAUGCAGCGCAGCAGGGACCAUGGUCUUCCAGGAUACAAUGCCUGGAGGCGAUUCUGCGGACUUCCACAGCCUGGCACCGUGGGCGAACUGGGAACCGUGCUAAAGAACCUGGACUUGGCACGGAAGCUGAUGGCACAGUAUGGCACACCCAACAACAUUGACAUCUGGAUGGGUGGUGUGGCCGAGCCCUUGAACCCUGGUGGACGCGUGGGCCAACUCCUUGCCUGCCUCAUUGGCACCCAGUUUAGGAAGCUACGAGAUGGUGAUCGGUUUUGGUGGGAGAACCCUGGUGUGUUCAGUGUCCAGCAACGGCAGGCCCUAGCCCAGAUCUCUUUGCCUCGCAUCAUCUGUGACAACACUGGUAUCACCACUGUGUCCAAGAACAACAUCUUUAUGUCCAACUCAUUCCCCCGGGACUUUGUCAACUGUAACUCCCUCCCUAGGCUGGAUCUGACUUCCUGGAGGGAAGCCUAAGCCUGGGGAAGGGUACGUCACACUGCAGUGUAUACCAGACUGGCUGGCGGAAACCACAGAGAACUCCCUUCUCUAAGUGUACCCAUUCCUGCUGUAGGUGACAGCUGAACAAAUGACUGGACACUCAUUUAUAUGUGCAUAUAUGUGUAUGAAUGUGCAUAUUCAGGUUAUGUUUGUGCAUGCAUACAUACAUGCAACAUAUGUAAAUCGGCAUUUCAUGUGUGUGUUGUCUGUGAACAUGGGCAAUAUUUGGUGUGCCUUGCAUGUGAGUCACUGACAGGAUUAUGUGCUUAUUGCUAAUGAGAAUGUUAAGUACAUGGGAGGCAGCCAGGCAGACUGCCUGAGUUCAGGUCCUGGCUCUGUGGCUUACUAAUGUGUGACCUUGGACAAAUUAAUCUUCCUAAGCCUGAGUUUUCCCCCUUAUAAAUGACAGCAGUUAUAGCUCAUUCAUUAGAGGACCCACUUAUAUCCUCAGCUCUUCUCUUAUUGAGUACCAGUCAAUAUAUGCCAGACACUGUGCUAGGCAUGGGAAACAUUAGAGACAAGAAAGAUAGGUAUCAUUUGUUCCUUGGAGGAGCUGAGGCCUUCAUUUUGUUCUGGUUGGCAGAGGUGAGGCAGUGGCCUCUGUAGGACAGCAUCGUUAGCAGUUGUGCUGUGUGGUUAUGUUAUGGACCUAAGCCAGCCAGGUGCAGCCGGUGGCUCCCCUUUCUCCCUUACUCUGUUCUCUUGCUUAUUCACAGGAGCCUGUCUAGAGAGGAACUGGGGCCUUUUUGGCCUUUCUGUAUUGUUUUUGUACCUGAGGUUUACAGUAAUAAAGCACUGUGG